AUGAGCAUAACCAAGCUCACCUCUUCUGCUCAAGAAUGCUGGUGCUGGCUCCACUUCCAAAUUCCUACCAUUGCAUCAUUCAUAAAUGGAUCCAAUCAUGAGCUGCCCAUGAUGACCUAUACAACUGUGAGUCCACAAGAGAUCAGCCAGUGGGCACAUUGCACUCUCAUUGUCCACUCACCCUCACAUAUCAACCUUGACCAAUUGCGGGUCAAUGAGGGCCAAAAGAAGGUCCCUUCAUCUGACGGAGACCAGGCAUGGAUGCACCUUGUCCCUGGUGAAAUUGCCAAUGGGACGGUCUCCAAAUUCGGGCUGCUAUUCCAUACACAUCACACACCAUUCGAUGGCACAGGAUUAAAGAUCAUCGGAAACAAGCUGGAAAACCUCCCUCCUGCAGCCUACAACAUACUAAAUUCCAAUGAACCCCUUCCUAUUUCACCAAAUUCACCAGAGGAACCUUCCUUUGACCACAAGUACUACAAGUCCCUUGGAAGUGUCCUUGCCAGCUUCAGCGUGGCAGCGAAGGAUAUGUACAGAUUUAGAGCUUGCCAAAAAGAUACAGAGUGGCCAAAGACAUGUUGUGCUGAGGUUCUCUUAAUGAGGGAAGAAUCAGGAGGAAUUCUAACUGCCUCAAAGAUCUCUGGGUUCACACUUACACACCUUGCCCAUUCUGCAUUAGCAAUGGUCAUCAUAGCUGAUAAUCCACCCAAUUUGGCAUCUUUGUCACAUUACUUGAACAACAUGUCUCUGGCUAAUCUCUGA